GUAGAUUAUCGAUAUGGUUUCAGAAGAGAGUUUAAAGUUAGAUCGAACCGAAGGAAUAUCAUCACCUGACAAGAGCAAGAAUAGAUCCCAUUCUUCUGAAAUUCAUCUAACUAACCCCUCUGAAAUUCAUCUAACCUGGAAAAACUUGUCAGUUUUUUCCCCUCUAUCUGUAGGGUUCAGUUGUAUGCGAAACAAAAAGUCAGACCUAAUCCCAAAUAUCUUACUAAACGAAGUAUCUGGAGUUGCUCGACCAGGUGACUUUGUAGCAAUACUCGGAGCCAGUGGAUCUGGGAAAACCACGCUUUUAAACGCACUGGCGAGCAGACUGCCCAGAAAACUGGAAGUCAGUGGUGAUGUUAAAUUCAAUGGCCUAACAAUUCCAGAAGAUAAGAUCAAAGAUUUGUCAGGAUAUGUAGGACAAGAUGAUACCUUCGUCGCUUCAAUGACAGUAUGUGAAGUUAUCUUCUUUUAUGCAAGCUUAAAGCUAGAUCCACUUAUACCAAGGAAAGAAAAAGAGCUUAUGGCACUUGAAGCUCUUCAAAAGGUUGGUUUGAGCAAAAUAAAGAACAGUUUUGUAGGAGACGUUGACCGGCCAGGUAUUUCAGGAGGAGAGAAAAAAAGGUUAGCUGUGGCAACUCAAUUGAUUUUUGGGGCUUCACUUUUAUUCUUAGAUGAGGUGACUAGUGGACUAGACAGCUUCAUGGCAGAAAGCGUAAUCAAAAUAAUGAAAGAUCUGGCUGAAUCUGGCUGCACAAUAUUGUGCACUAUCCAUCAGCCUUCGUCUGUUCUUUACGACUUCUUUGAUAAAGUUUGUCUGUUAUCGGAAGGUAAAAUAGCAUUUUUUGGCAGUCACACUGAUGCUCUGACACACUUUGAAGAAGCUGGAUACACUUGUCCUCCGUACCACUGUCCAGCUGAUCACUUCAUCUACACUCUUGCUAUAAAAUCUGACGACGAGGUCAACUGUAGAGAAAGAUGUGCCGAAAUUGUCCAAUCUUACGAGAGAUCAACAUUCCAUACGAAAGUUAACACUGACAUUGAAUCAACUUCAAAAGCUUUCAAGAAUAUCAACAACAGCUAUAUAGAAACAAAACUGAAAGCAAAGUUCUGGGAUCAACUUUCAGAAACCUUUCGGCGUAGUCUCACAGAAGGGCUCAGGAAUCCUCGGAUAACCCGAGCACGCUUUGCAGUUUGUAUCAUCAUAUCGUUUAUUCUAGGUUUCAUCUACUUUGGGACGGACAAUGACAUCUCCUCAGUUCGUACCAACAAAAGUGGUCUAUUCUUUAUGUGUGUGCUGUCCUUUACUGCGUCAUCAAUGAACUUCUCAGCUCUAAGAAUUGCACUUGAAAUAAACAUCAUCAAAAGGGAGUACCAAAACGGGUUGUACACGAUUUUACCAUACUUUAUAUCGGUUGUGUUACUUGAACUCCUUGCACUCGUCCCCUUUGUGCUCCUUGCUUUGGUCAUCUUCUACGUUAUGUCUGGUUUGGUGAUAAGUGCAGGAGCUUUCUCUACUGCUUUUGUUUCUUUGCUGGUCUCAUGUUUCACGUCUUCUGGCAUAGGUUGGUUCGUAGGAGUGGCAGCAGAAGAUCCAACAUCUGCAAAAGCCAUUUCAGCGAGUAUAGUUCUUCCCUUUAUGCCCGUGAUGGGACUGUUAAAACACGUGAAAGAAACUGUUUACCUCAUUCCCAUCAAAUACCUGUCCUGGUUAAGAUAUGGAUAUCACGCGAUGAUGAUCAAUGAGUUCAAAGAUCUAACACUGGACUGCGGUGAUGAAGAAUGUCCAUAUAAUGGCACAACUAUUUUACUUGAUAUGGGGAUCAACCCGGGCGACCUGUGGUGGCCCAAUAUGGCUUGCAAUUUUACAAUCGGAGUUGUCAUCACUGUAAUGGCCAGCCUUCUACUUGCGUUCAAGGCUAGACAGUGAAACACUUCUCGUCACAUUGGAUCUGCAUGAAACUGUGUUUGAAUGCAAUGAUUGGAGAGCAAUUUAAUUUUUGUUAAAAAACCAUUUUGUUUAAUUUUAUCACAAAAUAUAGUAAAAUGGCAACAG